AUGGCACAUCCACAGGGCGCAGCUCAGUCGUCAGUCCAAGCUGCCGCAUCCGAAAGCAUACUCCAGGCAUACUCCAGGCAUACUCCGUACCGAGUGUCCGUUUCAGUGACCAGAAAGGAAGGAAUCGCUCGCGUACGCACUCAAAGAUGCCUGAUCCAUACCAUACACAACCCCACUGCCUCCAAGGCUCAGGGUGUCAAGGCGGGCCGCUCCAAUCCUCCAACUGAGUUUGUCGGCGUAUAUAUGGCCAUGUCAUCGCUGGCAAUGGGUCCAACUGUCCCAUACGAGCUCCUGGCUCUUCGUCGCCUCGGCCCAAACUUGACGGAAUCGGACACCGACUGA